UUUUUAUAAUAUCUAUGUCUGUGGGUUGCAUCUAACUCCUGUGUGUGCAAUAAUGUUUUUUCUCUUUGCCGAGACUUCCUUGUCCAGCCUAUUGUUUGAGACAACAGAUAUAAGUUGCGAUGGGAGAGGAGCGUCGGAUUUGGUGUGUAUCCCCCAUUUCCAAUUAUAGAUGGAUCAUUACAGAGAGCGGAGUCCUGAGAAGCCAGACAUCUGCUCCUCACAUGAAUGCACUCACCUCCUAGAGACCAGGCUGCCAUCAUGCUCUGGAAGCUCGUGGAGAAUGUCAAGUACGAAGAUAUCUAUGAGGACCGGCACGAUGGCGUCCCGAGCCACAGUUCGCGGCUCUCCCAGCUGGGCUCGGUGUCCCAAGGACCCUACUCGAGCGCCCCGCCGCUGUCCCACACCCCGUCGUCGGACUUCCAGCCGCCCUACUUCCCGCCCCCUUACCAGCCGCUCCCCUACCACCAGAGCCAGGACCCUUACUCCCACGUCAACGACCCCUACUCCCUGAACCCACUGCACCAGCCCCAGCAGCACCCCUGGGGGCAACGGCAGCGGCAAGAAGUGGGUUCGGAAGCCGGCUCUCUCCUGCCUCAGCCUCGGGCCGCCUUGCCCCAGCUCUCGGGCCUGGAUCCCCGGAGGGACUACCACUCGGUCCGCCGGCCGGACGUGCUGCUGCACUCGGCGCACCAUGGCCUGGACGCGGGCAUGGGUGACAGCCUGUCGCUGCACGGCCUCGGCCAUCCCGGCAUGGAAGACGUCCAGUCAGUUGAAGAUGCCAAUAACAGCGGCAUGAAUCUAUUGGACCAGUCUGUCAUUAAAAAAGUUCCGGUUCCUCCCAAAUCUGUGACUUCGUUAAUGAUGAAUAAAGAUGGCUUCCUGGGAGGCAUGUCCGUCAACACCGGCGAGGUGUUUUGCUCAGUCCCGGGCCGUUUGUCUCUGCUCAGUUCAACUUCAAAGUACAAAGUCACGGUGGGAGAAGUUCAGAGACGGCUCUCACCUCCCGAAUGCCUCAACGCGUCUCUCCUCGGCGGCGUCCUCAGAAGAGCCAAAUCGAAAAAUGGGGGGAGAUCUUUGCGAGAAAGGCUAGAAAAAAUCGGUUUGAAUUUACCCGCGGGCAGGCGCAAAGCAGCAAAUGUCACGUUACUCACCUCCCUGGUGGAAGGAGAAGCUGUUCACUUAGCCCGGGAUUUUGGGUACAUUUGCGAAACAGAGUUUCCCGCCAAAGCUGUCUCUGAGUAUUUGAACCGGCAGCACACAGACCCUAGUGACCUGCACUCCCGAAAGAACAUGCUGCUGGCCACCAAGCAACUUUGUAAAGAAUUUACGGAUCUGCUGGCGCAAGACCGGACUCCGAUCGGAAACAGCCGACCCAGCCCCAUCCUGGAGCCGGGGAUCCAGAGCUGCCUCACGCACUUCAGCCUCAUCACGCACGGCUUCGGCGCCCCGGCCAUUUGCGCGGCGCUCACGGCCCUGCAGAACUAUCUCACCGAGGCGCUCAAAGGCAUGGACAAGAUGUUCUUGAACAACACCACCACUAACAGGCACACGUCUGGGGAAGGCCCAGGUAGUAAAACUGGCGACAAGGAGGAGAAACACAGGAAAUGAAAAAAAAUUUUUAAAAAGAAGGAAAAAUGUUUUGAAUACAAAAGGAAAAACAGAAAUUUAAUUUUAGCUUUAAAAUAUUGGAUUGGCUUUGGAAGAAUUAUAUUAGGUAGAAUACAUAUACAAUCAAAAAUUUAAAAAAGAAAGCUAAAUAACUUAAAAAAAAAAAAAAACUGAGGCGUACAACGGAGCAACAAUAUCGGUUCUCAGUGUCUAUUUCAAGAUACACUUGGAGACAACCGUCCGGAUUUUCCACUUCGGUUCUUUCGAGCUUAGUAACACUGAUAAUAAAAGAAAACCAUGAUUUCCCCUCCCCUUUGGAAAAUAAACAUAAGACUAAACAUGAGAAAAAACGCUAACUUAUUGGAAGAAAAUCGGAGAAACGUUGGUGUCAGUGCUUUGAGAGCUGGUUGACUGAGACGCACGAACUUUUUAAUUUUAAGUAUUUUUUUAGGAAACUCUCACAGUCCCCGCCCUCCACCUCAACUCGUCCCUCUCCCCGCCACCCUUUUCUACACUGCCCUGGCAUCCUCACACUGUUACGGGAAUCUUCUGGGAUGACAAUGAGUGUGGUUAUCCCUUUUGCGUUGUUUGGGCCCCCUCGGUGCUCCCGCCCCGCCCUGCGUCCCUAAACCACGCGGCCCAGGUCCUGGGCCUUUUGCUUAAAUAGGGAGGGCGAGGGCGGCGGGCGGGAGGCCUGCGGGGACCGGCGGAGGCUGCAGCUUUUGCAGCCGGCCGGCCGAGCAGGCUCCCGCGGCAGAGGAAAAUCCGGACCAAAAAGUUGAUUCAGACUCAUCAUCAGUUCCUUUCAGAAAAUGUUACUAGUUCCCAGCUUUGCCAGCAUCUGCAUACAGAGAAUCUUGCAUUUGUUAUAUUUGUGUCAUCAACCAAUUUUAAGAACCAUAGUAAAAAAAAAACACACACACAAUAUGAAUACGUUGAUUAGUAUGUAAUUCCUUCGGAGGGGUAUGUACCAUUUCAUUCUCUUCUGUUUUCCAAAGCUUUGCCCGCAUGGUUUAUGAGCUUCUUCAAAGAGGACUUGGGCUUCCUACACAAUCUAUAAGGUACAGAGAAAAAAAAAAAUCCGAUCCCUUUUUAAUCAAAGCCUGUGUGUCAGAAUUCUGCAGGUGCACUUCUUUAAAGAAGCUCAAAGGGAAUAAUUUAGAAAGUGGCCAAUAUGGUGGAAGCAGCUUUGAAUCUACAAGCUAACAUUCUGCAACACCGGAAUUCGGCGGGGGUGGGGGUCUGCAGACGAAUGUUAAGGGAGAAGACUAAGGGUUCUUAGAGCGCUGUAUCCUAACAGUAUUGCCCUGCAUUUAAAAUGGAUUUGGUCUCCCUGGGUUCUUUGGCGAUUGCUGUUGUAAACGGGGGAAUGCAGCUUUGCAUAGGAGGAGGUCGCAAGCUUCCUUGUUUCUGCAACAGUUGCUUUCUUACAAGAUACGAUAUGAAUGAAGCAUUUUUCCCUCCCAGACCUGCACUUGUUUUGGCAUAUGAUGGUAAAAUAAUGCAAAAUGAAAAGAAAUGUAUUUCAGCUUUGAGUUUUACCUUCUGGAUACACUGGGACUAUUCCUAGUGGACAAAGUUUCAUGCAUUUCAUAUUUCUCACUUCUGGCAGCCCAGCUCCUUUUUCGGGCUCCAUCUUAGCAUUAUCAUGAAAUAGGAUCUGGAACUCAUUGUCUGCACCUUCCCAAAAGCAGUGAGAAAUAUCCAUGGAUAAGGGGAGGUGGGUGAAAUAGUUCUAUAAAUUUAGUGUAGACACACGCGCCUAUUUAACAAAGUAGACAGGACCUUGCAACAUCCUUUGAAAAUAAAGAUUCAGAUGUUCUGGUCCCACUCCAAACAGUUUUGCACCCCUUCCCUCUGGCCUUGGGGCGAGGGGGGUGGUUGUAGUGUUAGGAACCUGCUGAGUGCUUUGCCUGUUUUUACUGGGGGAAGAGAGGACGUUAGAGAGGUCUCAGGUCACCGAAAGGGCCCAAGCGCCGAUUAAAGAUCACCCCGAAGCCCAUCUCCUAAUCCCAAUUCCUUCUGGGACCUCUGGGUCUUCCAGGCCCAGCCCUAGACGUGUUUAGAGAAGUGCAAAGGGCGGGAGCUAGACGUUAUGGAGAGUGUAGACACUCUCCCCAGCUGAGAGACUCGUGCCUUUGUCCGAGGGUCUGGCCGCUUGCAUUAGAUGUGUUCUGAUUGCACGAGGCCGGGAGAGACCACACUGAACACCAUCGUCUCCUUUCCUUGCAGGGCAACGCGCCCCACGCGUGUGACGUGCGAGGGACGCGAUGGACGCGCCUUGCUCUUACUGUGCAGGUCCUGAGAGCGUGUGGGCCACACGCGCCCAGUCGUGUUGAGGACAUAGAAUCAGCCGCUGGAGGGGCCGCCGGCCGCGGGGGCCCCUUCCCGCUCUCGGUCUCACCCUAAGGGCUAAGGCGACCGAGAAAGCCCCCUUCUCCAGUAGGUAAAGGGGCGGUGCCCCGCGGGCUGCAGGCGGGGAGGGCGCCCGGCUCUGCCAGCGGCCACCCCGGGCUUCUGCUCCCGAAGGGAAAGUGGCCUAGAAAUGUCCCAGGAAUCGGAAGCUUAUCCCUUCCUCCCUCAGGACGGAAAUAUGCCCCGCCCUCAUGCUCCUAAAGGGGGAGAUGGGAUGGGAGCUGUCUCACUUGGCCACGCAGGCUCCCUUGGUUGCCCUGCGCGCUUAUUGGCGCGCUCCUUCAGGCUCCAUCUGAACAAACCCUUUUGCGCGCCUCCCCCGCUCCCCUCGCUGCGUGGAGAGAGCCCACCGCCACCUCUGCCUCCCUUACUUCUCCUUUCAUGUAGGACCCCCGCCCCCUUGCUUUCGUUAGCCAGGCCCGCUACGUUUAUCUGAUAAUUAAGUUAUUAAAAGAUUUGGUUUCCUUGGGCCUAUAAAUCAAUAAACAGUAGGAUUAACGCAAGAGUUUGCCUUUUAAGUCAAGGAAACGUUUAAGACAUGCCCCUUUGAGCUUUGUUUUCAAACCAAACAGGUGAGUUGCAAUCCCCUCCCCCCUCCACUCUUUAGACAUUUCAUCCAUGCCGCCGCGUGCCCACUCCUAAAUGCUCAGUCCCAAACCAAAACAGGUAGGGACAGGAAGGAGUCAGGAUGUGGCAGUGCUGCCUUCACACUUUCCACUUUCCAAGUUCCUUGAAAGGUUCUAAAGAUCUCCAGACCAUUCUCCGCCCAACCCUGCCACCUCCUUCAGGUACUAUGGGUUUCAAGAGAAGCAAGACAUGUUCUGGGUGAGGAUCAUCUCAAAGAUCUUUAACUUCACUCCCAGACUGGGAAGGUAACUUUGUCCCCUCCUCCCUCACCCCCAAUUAAGCAUCUUCUUUCUGGCCUCCACACCCUAGCUUUCGCCAUCCCCACAUAAAGAACCAAGAGGCUUUUAAAAACCUGGCUGUUUUGUUUUCUUUGGCCAAGGAAACCACUCUCUCUCAAGCAAUUAUUUCAUAUCCUAUGAAAACUUUGGUCGAAUGGAAAACCUGAAACCCCGAACCUAUCUACACACUGUUCCUCUGGUACAAUGCAUUCCUAGUUAGAGUGUUUAUAGAGAAUUUGUCAUCACAUCUGAUAUCCUGUACUUGUAAUACAUUAUGUGAAAAGGAAAUAAUAACCUUAAACCAUCUGAUGUUGCCUCAAGAGCCCAAAUAGCAUUUCCCCUCCUUUGCCAAUGUAUGUGAAAUUACUGGCGUAAAAAGAAAUAUUGAAUUCGUUUUCUUUUUAAAAAUGGAAUGAACACUAUCCUUCCUUAAAUGCCAAAAUCGACUCCUCUUUUGAGUUAGUCUCUAAUUCUCCAACAUUAUUUUUGCCACACAAUCGAGAAAUAUCAAUCUAUUGACUCUUCAGGAGAAGAGCUCUGGAGGGUAUUCAUGUUAAGUUUGUAUAUAUUUAUUUAUGCUUAAUUUAAUGGGAAUGUGUAAAUACGGCGAGCAAGUAGUUUGGGAUUAUUUAUCUGUGAAUCUAUACCUCUGUGAAUGGGUGGUUAAAAAAACCGCUUGACCCUAGGUAGAAUCCUAUCUGAAUUUUUCUGUUCUUUAUAAACAAGCUGUUAUGGUAAUGGGUAGAAAUUGGUUUAUUGUCCAGUGUUAAUCUGAUUUACAUAAAUAAAAAGAUUGUUGUGUUUU